AUGCUACAUCACGUGCAAAUGUCCUUUCAACGACCACACCCUAGCCCCUCUCAAUCUCACACCCAGCACUUUAAGUUGACACGUAGGACAACUUUCUGCAGUGUGCCAACCCUAACCAGAGAGCCCAGUCCUCGCCUCGCGCACAUCUUAGCAUUAGUCGACUACAGUACUUCUAAAACAUCAACCAUGGCUACCUUUUUCGAGAAGAACAAGAAGAACUUCCAGGACGUGACCAUCGUCGAGGGCAAGGUCGACACCUCCCAGUUCCUGGAUGCUUCCAAGGACCUUGUCGGACUUUUCGACCUAUUCGGAUCUACUGCCUUUGGCGUUGUUCAGUCCGACAUGAACGGUAACAUCAAGAAGAUCCAGGAUCGUCUCAUGACUAACCCCAUCCAAAACGGUACUCUCCAGGAUCUCGUUCUUGCCGAGAAGGGUGAGAAGACCAAGACCGCUACCCAGGGUCUGCUGUGGCUGAUGCGAGGCCUCGAGUUCACCGCUGUGGGUCUGAGACGACAGAUCGACAACAAGGACGAGGAGCUGGCCAAGUCCUUCACCGAGGCUUACAACGCCACCCUCACCAAGCACCACUCCAUGCUAGUGCGACCCAUCUUCAAGCUCGCCAUGAAGUCUUGCCCCUACCGAAAGGACCUGUUCGAGAAGCUCGGUCAGGACCAGACUCUUGUCUGGGAGCAGUUUGUUGCCUGGGUUGAGGGUCUCGAGAAGAUUGUUGAUAUCAUCAAGGCCUUCUACCUCGAGGGUAACUACGGUAAGGGUUUGUAA